CGACAAUUUCGGUGUAGAAUCUUGAAUUCGUGAUAAAAUUGUUGACUUUGUAACCAAAGGUACAAUAUCAACCAAGAAAAUGAGAUUCYUUUUAGCGAUGCUUCUUAGUUUAAUGGCUUUGACCAUAAAUGUGUCAGAUGUGGACAGUCACCGCAAAACAAGAUCAACGCGAUACAAAAAUAAAAAAUACAAAUACUGGUGUAGAGCUUAUUUAGAUAAGCAAGAUGGAGUUGGGAGUAUGGGUCCACUAUAUCAACCUAUACCAACUAUUGGAAAAAACAUUUCAAGAAAAAAACUAAAUGAACUGUUAAAAGACUGUUACGAGACUGGAAAUGGAAGGAAUACGAAGAGCACUUCAUACUUCACCCAACCUCACACCGUUAGUCAAAUUACAACUAUUAUCAAUGGUGGAAUACAUACCCAUUACCGUAAAGUCAAAUCUACCCCCACCCCUACCCAUGUCAGUAAGGUCAAAUCUACCCCCACCCCUACCAAUGACAGUAAAAUCAAAUCUACCCCCACCCCUACCCAUGACAGUAAAGUCAAAUCUACCCCCACCCUUACCCAUGUUAGUAAAGGUGAAUCUACCCAGGUCCCUAACCUCUCAAGCAAAGUAAAAUUUUCCACAAGCCCUACCCCUAUCAGUAAAGUUUCUCCAGCCCAUACUGCACGUCAUCCUACUCGAACUAGAGAAAGAAAGAUCAACUCCAGCUCCAUCGCCAUCAAAAAAGCAAAAUCUACUUUAACGGUGAAAACAACCAAGAGUCCAGACACAUCUGAAACUACAUCUAAAUCAAAGAAAAACAAUAAAGCAUUGGAAAAUCUUGCCAAGAAAAAAGUGAGCAAGGAUAACGCCAGAGAAGUUUCCAAAACACUAACGGAAGUAUUUGAGAAUUCUCGACCAAUGGACAUGACAAAGGAAGACGUUGGUACUGCGGCAGACGUCUUGGAGAAUAUUGUAUCGAUCAAAGAGAAACUUAAUGAGACUGCAGGAAAUGUUGUUGAAUUUAUCGAUUCCUUUAUGGAUAUGAAUGAAACAACUCUCGCUGAAAGUAGAGAUGCAGCAUCGAAAAUAAUCAAAGUCUUGGAUGAAAUUGUUGAGUUUAUUCCCUUUGACGAUAACGCAACUGUUUUGAAUAUCAAUAAAACACACAUCAUCAUCCAAGCCCACCUCGUGAAUACACGYACAUUUGAUGGUAUUAGCUUUGGUAGCACGUCUCAUUAUAACCGACAAAGAAGAUCUACAGAUCAAAAUAAAACUCCAAGGACAUUAGAGGAUUAUAAUAUAGAACUUCCUAAAGAAGUCAUUAAAGACACAAGUGCCUCAUCAGCACGAAUAGGAUUUAUUUACUUUGGAAACAACAAACUAUUCCAAGCAGAAAAUACCACGAGAAAACCAAGCGAAGUGGUUCUUUCUGGAAGUGUGUAUGGGGCAAAUGUUAGCAACCUCACUGAACCAGUCGUCAUAAGASUGSCUCUUCGYACAGRCGACAAGAGGMCAAUGGAAUGUGUGUUCUGGGUUGAUGCAGCUCGUCAGUGGUCAAGCGCUGGWUGUUCCUUGUGUCCUCACCAGUCCACCAAAGACAGCGUGGAGUGUUGCUGUAAUCAUCUCACUAGUUUUGCUGUCCUGUUUUCUCCUGAGAAAAAACCUUUAUCUGAAGAUGAUGGYGUCCAUGCCAAGAUUCUKAGUAUCUUCAGCUAUCUGGGGUGUAUCAUCUCUAUCAUUAGUGUCACCAUUACCUUCAUGACGUACUCCAUGUUCCGACAUUUGCGCAAGACGAACCAACAACCAAUCCUGAUGAACCUGUGUAUUGCCAUAGCUCUUCUUCUCAUCGUGUUUGUAGCUGGUAUCAACAGUACCAACAACAUACUUGGUUGUCAGAUUGUCGCAGUACUCCUUCAUUACUUGACCCUUGUCACUGUGCUAUGGAUGGGUAUCGAGGCAUAUAAUCUGUACUUACAGAUCGUUAAAGUCAUGGCUAUAUACCAGCGUAGAUUCAUGCUGAAGGCUGUGGUAGUGGGCUGGGGUGUACCACUCCUCAUUGUUGCCGCUACUCUGGUCGCAGCCAUCAUGCAGUACAAACAGAAUGAUGAUGAUAUAACGUUUUAUUAUGGCAACGAGAAAGUAUGCAUUCUUCAUAACCAGAAUUAUAAACUGAUAACAUGGUUUGGACCCAUUCUUGGAAUAUUAACAUCGAAUCUCAUUGCGUAUAUUUUGAUCGUUUACAAGUUAAACAGCAGACACAGCAUAGUCCCAGCCGAACCCAAAUCACAAUAUAUCAAGAAUUGCAUGACAGCCCUUGCCAUCAUGUGUCUACUGGGUCUAACAUGGCUGUUUGGUGCUCUAGCCAUCUCUGAUGCAAGAAUCGUCUUUGAGUAUCUGUUCUGUAUUUUUAACUCGUUACAAGGCUUCUUCAUCUUUUUCUUUCACUGCAUCAGAAUCAAAGAAGUGAGAAGCCAGUGGAGCGUGUUCGUCAGUGGACUGGGGGUUAGUCACGGGGAUAACAAAAGUUCACAUCAAAAGUCAAAUGAUAUUGAGAAAAAACGCAAAGAGUCAGACUCAGUACGCAUGCGUGAGACGAGUAAUGGCCAUCAUGAAUACCACAAGGAAGAGCCCAAGAGAAAAAUAACAGUUGUAACAAUGGUAGGCGAAGAUGGACGAAGUAGCCUGGUAACCGACGGCAGACCGUUUAGUGGUUGCAGUCAUUACAGCACUGAAUUUUGAUUGGUUAUCAAACCGAGAGAUUAAUGCAAACGGGGUUCCUGUGCUGUUUAUAUUCGGCGCCUUGAUUGGCAGAAACAUACGAUAAAACGUAAAAGCAAUCGGCUUCUGAAAACUCUAGUGCUGGUAUAUCUUGACUGACAAAACGGAUAAAAAAUGAAUAAAUGCUAUCUAUUAAAGCACUUGAAAUAUKAGUACGAAUACACUAUACAUGUCUAUUUUGGCAAGUUAGAUCCAGUUUUCUGAGAUCAUGGUAGAAAUAUUUUCUUAAGUAGACAAAUGCUUGUAAUGCUUCAUGCAAUCCCUUUAUAGCAAAAUACUGACAUCAUUAAAAAAAUACUAAAACUUAA